AUGGCCUCCACCACUGUGGACCUUCUUCGCCGUCGGGCGGAGUUGCGGGAGCGGAACUUGAACCCGGCAUUACAACGUGGCGCUUUCGCCUCCAGAGGCGGGACGCUCAAGUCGGAUCUGAAAAAGGCCACCGCGCUGGCGAAACGGUUCAGAAAUUACUCCGCGGAAUCAUCAGAGAAGACGAUCCUAGUACAACUUGACACUGUUAGUUUCGGCAUGUUUCUCUCUGAGGCGGCGCAAGGUGUCGUGCAGUCACUUUGUCAAGGGACAAAGAUGAAGUCGUCUGAUGCCCAUUCGCUCGCGCUCGUCUGCUCAGAGGUGCACCAGCGCUAUGAGGGUUUCUGGCCCUUGGUGCGGAAGGAGCUGAAAGAGAACGCAGAGAAGCUAAUCGAUAUGGAGGGACUAAAGAUGGCAGUUGAGCGCAUCGAAGAAAGUGCAGCAGCGACGGUGCCCGCUGGUGGUGGUGGUGGUGACGGCAGCACCACGGCGGCUGUGGCGCCCGCGGUAUCAUCGUCAGCAUCCACUGGCGUCGCGGCUACAAGUGGCGGUGGUGGCAGCAGCAACAUGGUCAGUGGCGCUGCGCCAUCUGUGAGUAAAUCUCCGUUAGAAGAGUUUAACCAUCUGCGUUUGGUCGCCAGGGUUUUUGGUGAGUGGUGGCUUGUGGGCCUCCUUGAGGACGCUAGACCGGUGCUAAACCUGCUGAAGCUGCUCUGCGCUCUCGUGGAAAAGCGGGCCGCGAUAUCGUCUGCCCCGUUGGCCGUCGCUACACUUCUUUCUUUGGCGAUUCUUAUAAUACGUGAGGUUGGCAUCGAGAUGCUUGGGAAGCGGAACGCAGCGCUACGAUUCUUCUUCGCAGAGGAUAGAGGAAAUAAUGGACAGGGGCGCCUCCGCGACUUUGCCGGCCACUGCGGAAGCCUGACAGUUGACGGGAGCGGUGACGAAGCAAGCAAUACGGUGUUCCUCUUAGGCCCUGCAGGGGCUCGUCUGACGUUCAACGCCGCGGCGAAGACAGUAGGAGCGGUAGACGACGCUGUUGCACAGCAAGCGGAAGAGGCGAGUUGGGCGAGGUUGCGGGAGGCGCAGGGGCUUCCUGUAGAGCACUACAGCACGGACGAGGAGAAGCGACAGUUUGCGACGCUGGUAUUGGCCACAGCGAAGGUAAGCAUCACGGCUUAUGAACACCGGAAAAAGAAGGCUGAGGGGUGGUGGCAGACAAUAUACGAGCAGACUGAACUUCGGGAGAAGACGGUACGACAAAGUGUAGAAGAGGCGCAGUUCCGCCUGUUUCAGGAGCAUGUGGAGAGGCUUUACGUGAUGUGUGACAACCUGCUGGGGAUGCUGGGAUUUGUUGCUCCGGCCCCGGUUGACUUGACAAUAACAGAGCAUAAGACUUCUGUUGAAAUCACACUCACGUCGGUAGCGAAGAAAAACUACGCCGUGGUGGAGGCAGAGACACUGAACCGCUUCGCGGACGAUGAACAACGUAUGUUCUACGAGUACGUUCCGGAUCUCCAAGCUCUACCAGAGGAUUUACUACCAUCGCUGACGGCAGAGAAGGCAAACUGGGAUUCGCUAUUGCGCCGAAAGGCAUUGAGUGGGCCGGUGACAGCAGCAGCAACAUCCGGAGGAGAUGUAGAGGACGGUAAUGAGGAUGAUGAGGCAGAAAUCAUGGAGUUGGAUACAAGUAUGGAAGGUGCAAAGGAUGAGAAGCUUCUAAACACUAACAGUAAAAGUGGUAGCUUCAGUUGUAUCGCUGCAAUGAUGGAGCGCCGCCGUCUCCGCAUGGCAGAGUUGGGGGUUCCUGCAGCCUUGUUUGACGAAUACGCAGCUGUGCUGCAGCUGUUGGAAGAGUUCGAUCAGUGUACGACCGCAGAUGCCGUAGAUGAAUGGUGCGAGAGUUUUUUUCAAGAGGCACUUCGGCCGCUGCAACAGUUGCAGGAGCAUGCUGCGCCAGCCCGCCUUUUUUUUACGAACUGCCGCGUGUUGUUGACUUUGGAGUUGUGGCACUACCCAUGGGUUCACCGGCCUGAGAUGUUGCCGAGAAUUGCACGCUGUGCCGCCAUCAUGUUCCAGUAUUUUCCCGACAGCGGUGACUUCCUGAGUGGAAACCUGGAGUCGCAGUGGAGGCAGGAGUGCAAGGUGAACAGGGCGGCGGCUCCAACAGCGUCAUUAUCUACUGGCUUGGGCGGUGCGACAUCGCAACGCCGCGUGUCGGCCAUUCUGUAUUACAUGUGUGAGCUGAUGAAGUUCGGUAUUAUUCCACCAAAUCGGUUGCUAGGCGUACUAAAGACGGCAGCAGAAGACUUGACUCACCACUGCAGCACCGCCGCUAUUAGCGCUGUCCUUGAGCACGGCGGCCUCUACUUGCUCCGCAGUCAUCCGACAAAGAGGAUGACGGAGAAGGUGAUAGAGAAACUCAAGGCCGCAGGGAAGCACGCAGAACUGGAGGAGCCGGCCCUCGUACCCCUGCAAAGGGCGCUCACGUUGUUGAAACAACAGCAGGAGCAUGAAGGGCCCAGCCCAACUUGCCGGCUCACUUCAGUAGAGCGGACCCCACUCGAGCGGUAUGUGCAGUAUUUGCUUUGCAGUGUUCUUUGCCCCGCGACGUACGAAUCAGUGCGGGCACAGUUUCUGAAGAUGCCCUGGAAUGAUGCAGAGAGUAGCGAAAUGCUCGUUAACACACUGCGCGAGGUGCACCAUGUGAGCUGGGACACCGUCCCGCUGGUGGCAGAUCUGUUGGCGGACCUCGUUCGCGCGGACCACGCUUGGGCGGUGCGGCGCAUCGUGGACAAUGUGGCAGAGGACAUGCGGCGUGACUUUGAGGUGUGCGGUGACGCGACUGAUGGUAUGAUGACGGGUGAGUUGCUUCACCGCCCUGAUGCGGCCGCCAGCCUCGGUGCCGCGUACCGGCCUCAGCAGUGGCGUAUCGUCGACUGUGUCUUUGUGGCCAAUUUGUUCCGGGCGCGUGUGGUGCCGUUCCGCUUUGUGGGCUACAUUGUGAUGCUGCUGCUGUACUACAACCCGCGUGCCGUUCCGCUAAAGAAUAAUUGUACACACCUAAGGUGCUGUGUCAUUUUGCUCAGUGAAACUGUGCAGUUCCUUCCGUGGCAAAUUGCAGCGCGUGAGAAGAGCCGUAGCUCCACCGGAGGCCAUGGAGUGCGGUCGAUGGAGCGCCUAGAAGGUCUGUAUCAGGUUGUGCGAAAGAUAAUGGCUGCUAUUUUUGUUCAUAUGUUUAGCCUCGCACAACCGCUGCCACUGGAGCUGCGGCACCGCUUAGAAGAGCUCGUUCGGCGCAUUGAUGAGUAUAUGCGUCGCAACUUUGUCAAGGACGAGGCAGAGAAAGAAUCCCGUGCACGGCCAAAGGAGUAUAAGUCGCCGUCAUCGUCGCAACAGCAACUGCAGAAGGUGGAGGAUCAAGAAGAGACGGCCAAUGCAGUAGAAGGUGCGGCGGAGGCAUCCGGGAUGAGGGUCCCCGAGACUGCAGAGGAGGCACAGGCAUUCGCCAAGGCUGUCGCGAAGGAGACCGUCCUUCCUUCCAGCGCAUGGGUAGACAGCGUGCGUGAAGCUGUGCUGGCGAGCUGCCGCGAUGACGCACUGCUCUGCCGCAUCUUCUUGGCGCGGGCUCCGGAGGAGCCGCUCGCCAUCACAGUGGCGGAGGCGGAGGCGGGAGGCGAAGAUGCUGUACAGGCGCCACUGGAACUCCUCCGCGAUGAGAGCGUCAACGGUCCGUUUAGCGAGAUGACAGACAGCAACCCAGGGUGCGGCUCUGUCGACCAGAAUAGCAUCAGCGUAAGUGAUAGUGACGACGAAGACAGCAGCAGUAUUGACAGCGAUGGCAGCGGUGACACGAGCGACAGCGAGAGCCGCAGUGGCGCCAGCACGCCUGGCGCCCUCUCUGUCCCAGUAUCGGAGGUGACUCAUGAAGGAGAGGAGGAAGAAGAAGAAGAAGAAGAAGAGUAUGAAGAGGAAGAGGAUAUUGGGGAAAGCGAAGAGGAUGAAGACCAAGUGGAUGAUGAUGGUGAGGAUGAAGAUGAUGACGAAGACGACAAGUUCGCUGCGGCGGAGGCAUUGCGGCGGAGGCUCGAGGAGGCUGAGCUCGACGCGAAGCUGUGCGCGCUGAUGGCUGACAACCCUCGUGAGGCUGUCAGUCGUGCGGCACCCGCAACCGCGAAGAGCGGUGGGGCGGAGCGCCUCCUCGAGCAGGAGCUUGCGAUGGGCAUGCGCCUCCACCGCCAGAAGCAGCGACUGCGCACGCAGCAGGACACAUCACCAUCCGUUGCACAGGAGCAGAAUGCGAGCGAAGGAGAAGAGAUGCGAUUUGUGGUGCUACAGCGUUCCGCCCACAGCGCCCCUCUUGCUGGAAGCGGGGGGAACGCUAAUACUGCAGCUGCAGCUGCUGCUCCGUCGAACAGCUCAUCAUGUGGAGGCAGCACCGCGGUGCUGUGUAUUCCACGCACUGCCAACUUUGCUAAAAGCGCACUGGUGCUGCAAGAAGAACAGCGUCAGCAACAGGAGGAAUUGCGAGAAAUUACUCGGCGCAUCAAUCGUAGGCAGGAAGAAGAAAGUUUUGACGAUAAGAAAAGGGUGAGGACAUUGAAAUGA